AUGAUGCAGCUGUUACCGCUGGCCCUGCAUCUCUCCAUGGUGUGCCUCGUGCUAGCAGCAGGGGCGGGAAAGUUCAAGUUCAACGUGACGACGUCGGAGGUGGUACGAGACGACGAAGACGGAGGACGUAUCCGCGGAGUUCGGAGCCGAGAGAACGCGACCUUCGUGCUUGGCGGGCUCUUCCCCAUCCACACUCACUCUGCAGACCCUUCCCAGGGUUCUGCCUGCGGAGACAUUCGGCAGGAGCGCGGACUGGAGCGAAUGGAGGCGAUGCUGUUUGCUAUCGACACCAUCAACGCCGACCCCGACCUUCUACCGGGGGUGGAUCUAGGCUACGACAUACGAGACACCUGCAACAGCGAGACGGUGGGUCUGGACGAGGCCAUCGACCUCAUAAUCACUGGAAGCAACCUCAACAUCGAGAGCUGCGAGGCCUUACCUGACGCUUCUCCCGCCGUCAACGGGACGGUGCCGUACGCAGCGGUUCCCACGUCGGGCAUAGUCGGAGCUGCCGGGAGCGGUGUGUCCGUCCCUGUGGCCUCGCUCGGUCGUCUGUUUCGCAUGCCGCAGGUCAGCUACGCGUCCACCAGCCCGCUACUGACGGACCGUUCGCGCUACGGCUACUUUCGUCGCACGGUCCCCUCUGACGACCUGCAAGCAUUGGCAAUGAUAGACAUUCUGCAGCACUUCAACUGGAACUACGUCUCCAUCCUUCACUCCGAAGACACGUACGGAUCCGCGGGAAUCAACGAGUUCGUGAAUGUCUCGGCGACAAACAACAUCUGCAUAGACCUCCGUAGGGGUAUUCCACCAACGUUCUCAGAGAGAGAAUAUGACAGUCUAGUUGAAGACCUGCGGCUCUCCAGAGCAAGGGUAGUCAUCAUCUUUGCCAACCAGGAAUCGGUGGGAGAGGUCUUGACGAGAGUAAACAGAGACGAGACUAUGAGAAGAAAUUUCACCUGGAUUGCCAGCGACGCGUGGGCUCGCUCCAUUGAUCUUGUUCACCAGUUCAACGACACAGCGGCCGGUCUUUUUGGAGUCGCACCUCUAACCGAACACCUCCCCGCAUUUGAAGACAUAACCGGAAACUCUAUCACGUUUGACGAGUCUGGGAGUGUGGACGGAUUCUACGAGAUUCUGAACUAUCAGGCAAACUUCUCCGCCAGUGGAGGAGUGAGCUACAAGUUUGUUAGUGUUGGGACGUGGGUCAGUGGUAAUGUCGGUGAACAGCUGAUUCUCAAAGACAACGUCCCUCUUCAGUUUGGUCUUAUGAGUGAUGGAGCACCAAGGACGGAGCCAGUGGAAUCAGGGUGUGGAGGAUGUAUGCCUGGAGAAUACAUCAGGAAAAUUCCCGGAUCCUGCUGCAGUAUAUGCGAGCCUUGCCUGGGGAGAAAUUACUCCUCGCAGCCGCUCGCCAAGAAUUGCAGCACCUGUUUCGUGGAGGAAGUGCGAGAGAUGUGGGGAAACAGUCCCACUACCGGCAGUAAUAGCUGCAUUCCUCUCCCCAUGGUGUCGCCCAUGUACAGCGAUCCCUGGGCCAUCCCCAGCCUCAUUCUCGCCUGCAUUGGACUCAUCUUCGUCGCCUUCACUGCAGUGAUAUUCGUGAUAUUCCGGAAAACUGCCAUCGUGAAAUCCUCUGGUCGCGAGCAGAUGACUCUUCUCCUGAUCGGCAUUGCCUGCAGCUUCAUCCUCCCGUUCUUCUACGUGGCUCCUCCCUCGAUCCCCGUGUGUCUGGUGAACAGACUGGGCAUCUGGUUCUGCUAUUCUCUAAUGUUUGGUGCACUGGCCAUCAAGGUACAGAGGGUGGCCAGGAUUUUCUACGGGGUCAAGCGAAAUCUGACGUACACUCCUCGUUUCGUGUCUCCUCCCUUUCAAGUCAGUUUCACGUUGAUAAUAGUCGGUGUUCAGAUGCUUGUCAUUGUAGUAUCGCUGGCGUUCAUACAUCCCGAGGUACUUCAUCUGUAUCCAUUUGACGAAAACACUCUCAAGGAACCAGAAGUUAUUGUCACAUGCCAACAAGAGUCAAUCGCUGUACUAGUCCUCUCACUGCUCUAUGAGACUGCUAUCAUAACCGUCGCGACGGUUCUCGGAGCUUUCAGCUUCAAAUACCCGGAGAACUUCAACGAGGCCAAGUACAUUUCGUUCUGCACGUUCUCUCUCCUCGUGGUCUGGCUAGGACUAAUACCAACUUACUUCACGACGCAGUCUCGUCCAGAGAUUCAGAACGCUGCCGUCUCCCUGUUUAUCAUCCUGAGUGCUUUCGGCGUCCUUUGCUUUAUUUUUGGACCGAAGCUGAUCAUCAUACUCUUCCAGCCUGAGAGAAACAGCACCCACUUUAGCACUCAUCACACAAUCAAUGACCCAGACUCGGGGGUUAAGAUGAACACCUUAGGCUCUCAAGGUAGCAGUAAACUAACACACAGUGAGUCAGCAAACUACUCUACCCAGGAGGCAGGCAAUGGGGCUCGGAAGAAAGAGCUCCCGACUAACGAACUGUAG